UCGGCCCCGGUUCCUCUUCCCUCUCUCUUUCUCUGCCGAGGAGCGUCACGCAGUUGUCCGGUGCGUCUCCUCAGCCAGUGUUCCAACACUCCUGGAAACCGGAUCGCUGGAAUAAUCACUCAAAGGAAUAAAAACCAAUAGAAGGAGGAGGAGGAGGAGGUGAAACCUGUACAGCAGACACAGUGAGAGUUGUCCCGGGGAAGAGGUGUCUUCCCAAAACCUGAGCCAUGAGUCGCAGCAUCGUGCGGCAGAGCAAGUUUCGCCACGUGUUCGGCCAGACGGUCAAGGCCGAGCAGGGAUACGAUGACAUCCGUGUCUCCAAGGUGACGUGGGACAGCUCCUUCUGCGCCGUCAACCCAAAGUUCUUGGCGGUCAUUGUUGAAUCGAGCGGAGGAGGAGCCUUCCUGGUCCUGCCGAUCGUUAAGUCAGGUCGUGUGGAUAAGAACUACCCGCUGGUGGUCGGACACUCUGGGCCUGUCCUCGACAUCGACUGGUGCCCUCAUGACGACAACAUCCUGGCAAGCUGUUCGGAGGACUGCACAGCCAUGGUGUGGCAGAUCCCAGAUCACUCACUGACCCGCCCCAUCACUGACCCCGUUGUGGUCCUGGAGGGUCACUCCAAACGUGUGGGCAUUGUCAGCUGGCACCCCACCGCACGCAACAUCCUACUCACUGCAGGCAGUGAUAACCUAGUUAUCAUCUGGAACGUGGGUACAGGUGAGCCCCUCAUCUCCAUGGAUGACCACCCAGACCUCAUCUACAGCGUCAGCUGGAACCGAAACGGCAGCUUGUUCUGCACCACCUGUAAGGACCGACGCCUGCGUGUCUGUGACCCCCGCAAGAGGGAGGUGGUCGCGGAACGUAUGGCUCCACAUGACGGGAUCCGGCCAAUGAGAGCCAUCUUCACCAGGGACGGAAACAUCUUCACCACAGGAUUCACCAGGAUGAGUCAGAGAGAGCUCGGACUCUGGGACCCGACAAACUUUGAGGAACCUAUUGCUGUGUUGGAGUUGGACACAAGUAAUGGAGUAAUGUUACCAUAUUAUGAUGCAGACGCCAACAUGGUCUACCUUUGUGGAAAGGGGGACAGCAGUAUCCGUUACUUUGAGAUCACAGAAGAGCCACCAUACGUCCAUUACCUUAACACCUUCAGUAGUAAGGAGCCUCAGAGAGGGAUGGGCUUCAUGCCGAAGAGAGGGGUGGACGUCACCAAAUGUGAGAUUGCCAGGUUAUUUAAGCUCCUCGACAAGAAGUGUGAGCCCAUCACAAUGACAGUUCCCAGAAAAUCGGACCUCUUCCAGGACGACCUGUAUCCAGACACAGCAGGGCCUGAGCCGGCCAUGGAGCCGGAGGAGUGGCUGGACGGCCGUGAUGAAGAUCCAAUCCUGGUGUCCUUGAGGGACGGCUACGUGCCACCGAAGAGCCGAGAGCUCAAAGUGGCAAAGAAGAACGUGCUGGACUCCAGACCCACCACCCGACGCAGCAUGUCCACUUUGGAAACCAACAGUCUGCCGCUCCCUUCUUUAUUUCAGUUUAUUUCUCCUAGUUACUCGCUGUCCUUGACCUAUUUUUCCCCUUUCUGUUAUUCUUUAUCCUUAUAUCUCCCCUCCCUGUCACUGUCUUGUUUCCUUUCCUCUUCUGUUUCCUGGUUUUCCCUCUCUUUUUCUUCUUCUCUCUCUCUCUUCUCCUCUCUUCCUCUCUAGCCUCAGUUGCUUGAGAGGUUGUUGGAGGAGAUUCAGAAUCUGAAGGCCACAGUUUUGUCCCAGGAGAAGAGAAUCUGUGACUUGGAGGAUAAGCUUUCCCAGUACACCAACGGCACUGACUGAUGUGCAUGAAACACACUUUGUGAAGAACUGGUCGGCAUUUCGGAACAACUAUUGUAACUCAAAGACACAUUUUUCCCCUCUCCAUUUACACAGAACUGCCUUUAGAAGGUACAAGGCUGCAAGGAGAUGAGUGUGGAUGGUGUAAAUGUCUAACAAAUUGUGACAAAUACAUUCAUAGUCAGUGUUUUCUUUACAGACUCCACUUCCUGGUUCAAACACAGUCUAUCUUUGGAAGUAAAAAAAUGUGUGUGUAAAAAAUAAAGUGGACCGUGGGCGCUGUAAGUCAGAGGGACAUGAGUAUGUUGAUUCAAAGAGCUGAAGAAAGUCAAAACUUUUUUUAAUAACCGUGUGAGAAAAAUAUACAAAAAUAGCAAAAAACCAAAAACAUUCUGCUUCGAUGCAUUUUUUGGGUUCUGAACUCCAAACACUGGACACACACACACACACACACCAUAAAAAAGACAGACACCACACACACACACACACACACACACACCCCUACACAUGAAUCUGCCUGGUCCUCAGGCAAAUCACUGACCAGUUUAUUGAAAUGAGUCCUGCUGAAAACUUUUCAAAAUGUAAAUAGUUGAAAAAGGAAACAGGAGGAGAAUUGUUGAACUUGUAGCAAAAUGUGAAAAGCAAAAUGUUUUGUGUUCUGUAAAGGGUUAUACAUUCGACACAUGACGACAAUAAAAACAUGUUU